UGACCUGUAAUCAGACUCUGUGUUUCAGAGACCUUGUCACACUAUUCCACCACCAUGCCAGGGUCUCUCUAUUUUUAACUUUUAGACCCACUGCUGACAUAUGAACACACAGUCUUAAAGUGACUAAGUUGGAUACCCAGCAAGACAUCAAACACAUUAACAAAAUGCGGAGAAGGCAAAGGACUCCAUCAUGCAGGCUUCACAGGCACUGUGAAAGCUGUUACAGCCGGCGCUGCAGAGCUCCUCCAGAGGUCUCUGUGUCAUGCAUGAUCAUAAAUUGCCGUUUGCUCUGCGGUGCCUCCUUUCACAUGUGCAAAGAGAGUGAGCACACACUGCUGUGUCCUAAUGAGAAGGUGCCCUGCCUCAACUCCUGCUAUGGCUGCCCUUUCACCAUGUCUCGCUCCAGGCUGGCUAAACACCUGGAGGUGUGUCCUGCUAGUGUGGUGUGCUGCUCGAUGGAGUGGAACCGCUGGCCUAUUGAAGAGACUGAGCCUCCUAAGUUCUACCAGAACAUUCUAAAGGAGAACUACACUCAGGAGCCACUAGACCUGUCCAUGGCCAUCCGGGACCAGAACCACCUGUUUCACUCCCUCAGAAUGAAGGUUCUUUUCCCUGAGCUUAUUGAAAAGGUGGAGGAGAAAUUAGUAACUCAGGAGAUGGAGGGAGCUAUUGGAGGGAUGUUAGAUGGUGUGCAGGAAAUCUGUACAUCCACCAGUGACAUUCAGGAGGAGGGUUAACUCAGGAAAGAGGAAGCAUUAGCUAGGGACACUAAUAUUACAGGUCUUGCGAAGUAUGAUGUGUGGGAGAAAAUGUUCAGCAUGGAGCUUAGUGGUUGCAAGCACACUGUUAAAGCAUUAGGCAAAAACCUUAAACUCCAGUAGUGGCAACCCCAGUACAGACCUGCAACCCCAAACAAAUCCAAGCAAGCUGAGGUCUUUAAGGAGGAGCUCCUGAAACAACCUGAGGUUAUUCAUACCAAUGACAUACCAAAGUUCAAUCCAUACGAAAUGGAUGAGGACAAGUUUCUGAUAGCAAAAUCUUUGUUUGCUUGUGAUACACGUCCAAAUAAGAAAUUUGUAUAUGGAUAUGUGGAGCCCAUGAAGAUUAAGACUGUGCGGACAUUUAAAGUCCCCACCAGCUUCAUGGCAAGGCCAGGUCAUAUUCGCAAUCCCAUGCAUUACAAAAGAGUUAGUAAAGCUGUUGACACAUCAGACAUUGAAAGGAAUGAAAUGCCAAAAUGGGAUGAAGUUCAAGCAACCCUUUUGUGUUCUUUGGAGAAAGAACUCAGAGGACACCUGAUUGCAGAGUCUAGCUCUACAGAUGCACUUUUUGUAGACAAGGGAACUCAGACUUAUGACUUUUACACUGCUCCUUUUAAAGCAAAUGCCACUCUGGCAGACAUCACAGCAGACAGCACUUUCAAACUCCACGUCCAAAUUCAAACUGAGAGUGUCACCAAUAGGCACAAUAAAUCAAGCUCUGCAUUUACGUACCUCUGUGGCCAUUCCUUCAGACGCGAUGAGUUUCCUUAUCACUUCAAGAAUGUUCACUCAGAUAUCCAGACCUGCCUGAAUGGGUGGUUUGAGGAGAGGUGCCCUCUAGCUUAUUUGGGCUGCACCUUCAGCCAGAGACGCCUCCGGCCCUCCAAGCACAGAGCCAUGAUCUCUUACAAUAAGGAUCUGAGCACACUCACUCUUAGACCUGAGGUGUCUUCCAUUCUCUUUGAAGGUGUGAGAACAGUGAGCUCGGAAAGGAAGUGGGUGCCCAACAUGGACGCUUUGAGCAAGUUGCCCUUUGAGGUUCUCGUCCAUAUUGCAGGGUUUCUGGACAGCUUCACUCUAUCCCAGCUGGCUCUGGUGUCAAGGCUGAUGAGAGAGGUGUGUAGCACAUUGCUGCAAGAAAAGGGCAUGGUCUCUCUGAAGUGGGAGAAGAAGAUCUUCUCUCAUGGUAGAUGGUGCUGGAGAUCCAGACAAAAGGUAUGGCAGUUCAGCAACUUGUUCUCCCCUGUGGAAAACUGGUGCUUUGACAAGUUUCCUCCAGUAUCUGAGCAUCUUAAGGUCUGCCCUUACUAUCAGAUAGAGAACAGAACAGAACCUGUACGUCUGAUUGCCUAUGAAAGCCAGAAAAAGGAAAAGAGGGGCCAGAGUCUUAUCUCCAUGUUUAUCAAAAAUAAAUAACAUUUGAACUGUUACUCAUGACUCCUGUUGCUAAACUCACACAAUGAAACUUCAAUUACCUUGUGCUGUGUUCUUGAUUAA